AUGGCUUUAAAAGACCGCAUAACCUCCCUCCCCGGAUCCCUCCGCCUCAAGGGUAACGAAUCCAAACACGAACAAACAGACGCAUGGAGCAACCGCGACUUAAUCCCCUUACCACCCGAGCGCCGAACAUGGGGCUGGUUCAAUUUCUUCGGAUUCUGGUCUAUCGGAUCGUUGAAUCUGGCGAAUUGGCAGACGCCUAGCACUUUCUUAGCCAUGGGUCUUUCCGUCCCCCAAGCCAUGCUCAUCAUAGUCGUCAGUCGCAUUCUCAUUGCGGGUUUCUCGACGCUGAUUGCGUGGAUCGGACUCAAGUGGCAUAUUGGGUUCACGGUGCAGAAUCGGUAUAGUUGGGGGUUGAGGGGAAGCUUUAUACCGCUUUUGCAGCGGAUUAUGUUGAAUUUUAUUUGGAAUGCUGUGCAGUGUUGGAAUGGCGGGCGUCUCGUCGCUGUGUGUUUGACGGCAAUCUGGCCGUCGUAUGCUCGCAUGCCGAAUACGUUUAGUCCGAAUUUUCCAACUACAACGGAGCAAUUCGUAGGCUUCGUUGUCUUUUGGUUCCUUUCCACGCCGUUCCUGUGGCUGCGACCGGAGAAAUUCAAGAUCCCGUUCCUCAUCGUAUGCACAUGGUGCGGCGUCGGCAUGCUAGCGUGGAUGAUCUGGGCCCUGGCUACCGCAAAAGGCGUAGGUCCGUUGUGGAAUUCCGGGCAAAAUGUACCGGCGGGCUCGGAAUGGAAUACCUCGUGGCUCAUCAUGGCGGGGAUUAACCAGAGCAUCGGCGGUUUGGCGGCGGGAAUUACCAAUGGAAGUGAUUUCUCGAGGUAUGCACGGAGAAGAAGGUCCUACCUCUGGGGUACUUUUGGCAGCUGUCUAGUCACUGGUGUACUAGUCUCCCUCAUCGGUCUUGUUACUGCUGCUGCCGGACAAAAGAUUUACGGCGAGGUAUAUUGGAACCCACCGGACCUACUCAUGCGCAUCAUGGAUAACGGAAACGGGUCGUCGCGGUCCCGCGCGGGCGUCUUUUUCCUAUCUGCUGGUUUCGCUUUCACCGCCAUGUUCGAGAACAUCUGCGGCAACGCCGUUGCGGGUGGCAUUGAUCUCGCUGGUCUGUUUCCCCGAUACAUUAACAUCCGACGCGGCGCCAUCAUCACCUUUGUGGCUGCAUGGAUUGUUCAACCCUGGCAACUGAUUAAUCGGGCUACUACUUUCAUCGCGGUGCUUUCGUCGUUUUCGGUUUUCCUGGCUCCGAUUAUAGGCAUCAUGGCUUGCGACUAUUAUAUUUUGAGGAACAGAAGGAUCCGCUUGACGCACUUGUAUCGAACAGAAAUGUCUGACUACUACUUCACCAAGGGGUUCAACUGGCGUGCUAUACCGGCGUGGCUGGCCGGAUGGGCUCCUACCAUUGGAGGGCUGGUCGUGACGGUGCGAGGAGAUGCGAAGCCACCAAGGGCUUUGGUGGAACUUUACUACAUGGCCUUCUUAAUUGGUUUCUUCAUCAGCGGUAUUCUGUUCUAUCUGCUAAACAUCCUCUUCCCCGUUGCCGACAUGGGCCAGAUGGAUCCCAUUGAUGUAUAUGGUACCUUUACCUUGGCUGAAGCAAGAAGAGUUGGUGUCACACCACUCGAUGACAGCACAAUAGUCGGAGAAGCGCUCGUGAGAGGAUCAUCGGGUAACGAUUACAACUUCAAGGGAAAGGACAUGGAAGUCGGUGUAACAAGUUAA